ACCCGCUCAUCUUCCUCGUCUUUCCCUCUCUCUUUCCCUUUAAAGAACCCUAAAAAAUCAUACCUUUUUUCCCCAGGAAAAAAUUCAGAAAAAUGGACUCAUCUGGUCGUUCAAGGAGACGUUGUUUCAUCGAAGAAGAUCAAGGCUUGGCUUCUCUUGCAGUAAUGGAGGCUCGGUAUUCAGGCACCCAUUACCAAACCCAUAACCAACACGGGUUUCUUCAAAGACUUCUUUGUUACUCAAGGAGAACUAGUUUCAGGAAUCUAUCAACAUAUUCUUCUUCAUGUUCAUCUCCAAGGCCUGCUAGGUUUGAAGAUUACAAUCAACCCCAUUUCUUGGAUGCUUGUUUUCUUUGCAAGAAGCCACUUGGGGGUAACAAAGACAUCUUCAUGUACAGAGGGGAUAUGCCCUUUUGCAGUGAAGAGUGUAGACAAGAACAGAUAGACAUUGAUGAAGCUAAGGAGAAAAGCAAUAACCUUUCAUCCUCAAUGAAAGCUUUGAGGAAGAAGGAUCAAAGGAAAGCUACAACUUCUCCGACAAAAGCUCAGAACUACCCGUUCCGACCGGGAACUGUUGCAGCUGCCUAAAUAAUCAUCUCACAAAGGAAAUAAAAAAGAG